AUGAAUAAAGAAAUCGUAACACCGUCGCUGCUCAAGACGCGCUCUAAGGACCCUUUGGAGAGCUCCUGGCGAAAGCACAUGAGUGAUGGGCAAUGGGUUCCAGACGUCUCUGUAAACACAUGCAUGCUCUGCCGCACCGAUUUCAACUUCUGGAUCCGGCGUCACCACUGUCGUCGUUGUGGAGCUGUCGAGAUUCAUCCGAAUCAAUUGGCACAAGAAGAUUGUCGUGUGUGUGAUGCAUGCAUACAAGUGAUUGAUGAAAAGUUGGCUCUAGGUGUGAGUCGACGUUUCGGUAAAAGCAUGCCUGGGGCUGUACUGGCAGCCAAUGGGAGCAAUAGCCAAAAGAAUCAUGAUAUAGUAGCGCCACUUGAGCCGGAGAAAGGAGGCAACCGUACGAUGAUGACCAUGGGCAGAUACAGAGCGGAGAUCAAGGAAUCGGAAGGCAAUCGAUACAUUUGUGAUACGGAUCUAUGA